CACACACGUAACACCUUAGAAACAAGAAAGAAACACACUUAUUAUGAGAAGCCCAAAGACUCCACCGUUAAUAAUAUCACAACUUUAUUUAAUCCCUAAUUACUUAUUGAUUUAAUUACCACCUUCCUCUGCUCCUGCCCCACGUUAUAUAUCUAUAAUAUAUAUAUAUAUCUCUCUCUCUCUAUAUAUAAACAUAGAGGGAAAACCAACUUACAACCCUUCUAUUUCUCCCCCACAACAAAAACAAAAAAACAAAAAAACAAAAAAACAAAAAAAUAUGCAAGACGAAGAUUUCGAACAGGGACUGGUCUGUCCCAGCUUCAACAGCUACUCCUCCGACAAACUUGCAGACGUCGCAGCCAAAGUCUGCCGAGAGUUCGACAACCUCAAUUUGCUCCACAAAUCCAAUUACUCCGCUGAACAGAAAGAACACGAUGAUCAUAGAAACGACGACGUCGACGACGACUUCGAGUUCGUCUCGUUUCAAAGUUCCGGAAGCCAGGUAUUCUUUGACGACAACCAGAUCGGUCCCGUUUUCCCCGUAUUCAACCGCGACCUUCUGCUUGACAGAAGUCAACGAGAUCUCGCGGCCGCCCCUAAUAAUAAGGAGGUUGUCGAGGAGGAGGAGGAUGAAGACGAUGCUGCUGCUCUGCCGUCAUCGUCGUCCUCCGAUGUGGACGAACUGGACUCGGUCCCACAGGGGACGUACUGCGUUUGGAUGCCGAAAUCAGUGGUGGCACAAGACGCUCGCGGGAAGUGCAAGAUUAAGAGCAAGUCAACCGGAACCUCGUCGUCCAGGCGGUGGAGCAUAAAGGAUUUGCUGCGGCGGAGCAACAGCGAAAGCGGUAGCAAGGACUCGUUUGUGUUCUUGACCCCUUUGUCAUCGAGCUCCAAAAAGGCAGCAGAAGAAGAACCCAAGGAAAUUAAGAAGAGCUCCGGGUCCGGGUCCGGGCCUGGAUCGGGAGGCGGGCCAAACAAGCCCAAAGGGUCGAAGGCGGUGUCGAUGGCGCACGAGGCGUUCUACGUGAGGAACAAGACGGUGGCCAAGGACGGGUAUAACAAGAGACGGUCUUAUCUUCCGUACAGGCAAGACCUCGUUGGGUUCUUUGCUAGCGUCAACGCCAUGAGUAGGACCUUCCCUGCUCUCUGAUUGGCAGGUGCAGGUUCCUAAUCAUAGUUUUGGCCUCACUAUAAGCUUAAUUAUAGUUUUGUUUUUUUCUCCAAGCAUAUCUAAGUUAUAGAUUUAGACGGCUUAUGCUUAUUUUGGACCUAAUUUACUUCCCGUACAUGUACAGGUUAGUGUAUUGAAAAGUUUAAGUUAAUUGUUUGUUCAGAUCAAUUAUGGCUUGUAUUUCAUUUUGGCAUGGAUUUAGUUUUUUUGGCUUGCAAUUCUUUUUGUUUGAUAGGUGAUAUUGUAAACUAUCAUAGUCUACGAGAAUGAGAAUCAAACUUGAAUGCAAAGACGGAUUUGCAUUAAGGUUAUUGUAAAUUUGUUAGCAAAUCUUCUCUUCUUCUCAAAGCUCAUGUAUGAUACUGUUCACAUAUAUGAUACUUGAGUUAUGAUGUUGGUAGAA